GAGAGAGAGAGAGAAAGAGAGAGAGAGAGAGAGAGAGAGAAAGAGAGAGAGAGAGAGAGGGAGCAUGCUCACUGUCUGGGAGGCAGCCUACUGAAGCAGACUUCUCACUUCUACCUUUCCCUACAAGGAUAUUACAUUCUUUGUGCAGGAAGGCUCCUCUCAAAGUGGACUCUCAUCCCCCGUUUUGCUGACAUCUGUCCUAGAUUAUGCAUGCAUUUGUGUAUGUAAGCGGGAUUAUUAAUCCAGCUUGAGGAUUUAGGGAUUCUUUUUGGGACCUCCAAGGGAUUUUUUUCUACUACAAGGGAUGCAAUAAGGAUAAAGAACUCUUCUGUCUUCCGUUGUCAGCAAAUUUCAACACCAUGGCUGCAUUUUACAGCUGCUUGCGAGGAAAGAACAGUGAUUGCGGCAUCAUGGCCUCAGGAUCUGCAGACGCCACCGCAGCCCAUGAGCCAUCGGAUGCAGCAGAGGAGUGUCCAGGGAAAAAGAAGUCCAAAUUCCAGACAUUCAAGAACUUCUUUGCGAAGAAGAAGAGGAAGGAGGCUGCAGCUCCUGUGGGGGAGAGUGGGUUGAAGUCCAGUCAGUCCAGUGAUGAUGUUAACACUCCUGAGCCGACCCCCUGUGCAACUGAGAAAGACAGUGACUCUGGGUCCAAGAUCAACAUGGGGAACAAAGCUUUGUCGCAUGACAGCGUCUUCGCCUCCGAUUCGCCCUCUUCUGAGACUAAUGAAGCUCUCGGAGCCUCUCAGGACAGCAUACACGGGAAAGUCAAAUCUCUGCAGCUGCAGCUGAAGCAGGCUAUCCGGCUGGGCUCUCCGCCGGCAGCAGUCUCCGCAAGGAAGGGUGAGGAUGCCGGGACUCUGUCGGAGGAUGAUGGCCUGCCCUGCAGCCCACCAGAGUACACCACCCUCCACACCGUUCUGGCCACUUCCUCUCAGAGGUCGUCUGGUGUGGUCCAGAGAACCAGCUCCCUUAGCCUGGAGGGAACCGACAGCGAUGAUGAUCAGCUGUCUUACGGAGCCUCAUCUAGGCCGGGAACCCCGCAGGCCUCGGUCCCUGUGGACUUCAGUCAGCCGGCCAGCUCGCUCUCCUGCCUGGAUAGCUCUGCGGCUCACCAUCGCAUCGCUGUCAAAGCCAAGGCCUGCGCUAAGAGGAAGCCUGCCAGUAGGGAGAUGUUACAAAGCAAGAAAAGAGACCUGAGAGAAAGAGUGCUGCUCAGAGACACAGAGGACAAGCUGAGAGCCAUCAGAACAUGUACCGAAGAGGAAGAGAAUGAAGCUGAUGUUUCAGAGGUUGUAGAGGAGGUCGAUGAAGCACGGGAAGAGUCUCAGCCAAGCCCGGCAGUGCAUAAUGAGGACCUUGAAGCCUCUUCUCAAAGCCAAAGAGCAUCCACAACAUCCGGCGCCUCUGCUGAGACUUCUGAGGAGGAGGAGGAGGAGGAGGAGGAACGUUUCCCUGACAAAGAUCACAUCCCUGACUCCAAGAUCCCAGAAUCCUCCUGGGAGAAGCCAGUGACUCUGGAGCUCCAGGCUGAUGACUUCCUGCUGGAUGCUGGGUGUGAGGUUGUUUCAGAGGAGCAGGGGUCACUGCUGGAGGAAGUACUGAGCUCCCUGAAGGGUCCCCUUACGUCAGGCUUGGUGCUGGAGCCCGAGGACAAGGCUGAACAGAUGGAGGUGGAACAUGUGCUGGAUAACCAGGCCAGGAAUGACACCCCAGACGUCCUUGACUCCACAGAUCAAGCCUUAACUCUUAAGGAACAUAUAACGCCAGCUUCAGACAGUCUCUCUGAAUCAGAUGAAGAUCUGCAAGAGGUAGAAGAAGCUCCAGAGCAACACGAGGAGCCAGAGGAACAGGAAUUUACUGAGGAAGCGUCAUUUGAAGAAGAUCAGCAAGUGUCCAAAGGUGAGGCUGAGAAAGAGGAGUAUAAGAAUGAGGAUGAGGAUGAGGAAGACCUGGAUGACACAAAAUACUUGCAGGAGGACCUGGAUGAAGAGAUUGAGACAAGGAAAGAAGCUGUGGAAGAAGUGGGGGUGGAACUAGAGGAUGAAGAAAAGGUGGAGGACAACAGGAAUGAGGAGCAGGAGAGGGGGACUGAGGAAGAUGUAGAAGAGGUAAAGGAUGUAGAAGCCGAGCAAGAGGAAGAGGUGGUCGUUGAGGAACACAAGCAGGAAGAUGCUGAUGAACCAGAAGCAGAAGAAGAAAAUGAGACCGAAGAUGAGGCGCAUCCAUUUGAGACUGAAGAACAACAUGAGGUCAGAAAAGACAUGAGCACGGAAGUUGAAAGCAUCCACGAAUUGGAGCAAUCGGUUGAAGAUGACCUGGUCUCAACAGAGACUGUGAGCCAGCCUGAAGAUGUUCCUACACAGGGGUCAAUCGAGCAGCCUUCUUUUGUGGUAACCACCUCUCUUGAUCUCAGUCUUCCUAGUAGAGCCUCAAAUAUCCCCAAGCAGGCUGAGGAGGAGGAUGAGCCUGAAAAUCUGCAAGAGGAGGCCAAUGAGCAGCGGGACAAUCUGGAAGGACUUCAAGAAGAGUCUUCGGAAAGCCCUCAGUUGGCUGAUGACCAUCAGGAGAUACAGGAGCCGUCAACCGAUAAGCACCAGCCAAACGCCGCUGAAAGUCGACCCCGUUUUACAAUCGCUCCUGCCUGGCAGAGGUCACUGUCCAGUGGGUCUGCCAAGGAGCCUUCCCUAGAUGUGGCAGUCUCUACAGCAGAAGAGGAACCUGUAUUCAAAGAAUCCCUGAGCACAGAUCAGCCUUUUGAAGCUGUAAAAGCUGAGCGUCCCAGCAGCCCCGUCCUCACUCAGAGUGUGCCGUCCCUGCCCAUCCAGAGAGAGAUUUGCCAGGCUAAUGAAGACGUGACCCCAGAGAACCCUUUUGGAGUUCGUCUGAGAAAGACUGCAAUUCUGCACCGCUAUGCUUCAGAAGGAGAAAGUUCCACUACCGGUUCCACCACAGAACCAGAGCCAGCAGAGACACAUAAGGCCCCAAUAUUGGACCAGCUUGCCAGAAAGCCUGCCUUGCCCAAGAAGCCAGAUCAGCUGGUUGAUGGUGUGGUGAAGCCCAAGCGAACCUCAGAUGUGGCAGUGGGUAAAGUGCCGGUUGAGAGCUCUGAGCCUCCAAGCUGGAUCUCUGUGGCCAGACAGAAGCAGAAAAUCUUCAGCUCUCUGGAGGAAUCCCCCGAAAAAAAGGAGGAAUUCAACAAAAAGGGUUCGUUGCCUGAUUUGUCAAGUCCAGUCACCAAAGAUCAACUGAAACCUGUUGCUUCACCUGUUAAAGUGUCCUGCUCCUUGGAGAUAUCCAAACCAGCCUUGGUGGAGAAGGAGAACAAGCGAACCAUCAGCCACCCAACUCCAGCUCCUCUAUCCCAGGAUGAGCCUCCAUGGCUGGCUCUGGCCAAGAAGAAAGCCAAAGCCUGGAGCGAAAUGCCCCAGAUUGUGCAGUAAAACCAGACAGGAAGCCGGGCAGGCUGAGCCCACGCAUGCCACGCUUCUAUACAGGAUGUUUGCACACAGAUAUUAACUCGUCCCAGUACUCCAGAUGUUUCUUUUCACCCUUUUUUGCACAAAAGAACACAGAUAAACACAGACUUGUGGUGGGUGUACGCGAUAUAAUCUGAAACUGAUUCACCGUUUUGGCGCCUGAGACUUGGGAAUUGGACCCUUCAGAAGAAAGCGUUUGACAAAAAAGGUUAAGAUAUGUACUCUUUUGUCUUUAAGUUACACGUUCAGGCCUGAUAGCAGAGGUUUUAAUAGUUGAUUCAGAAAAGGUGGUCUUAAAUUUGACUCAAUUUAUUUCUCUUUUUUUUUUAUCCAACAGUACAUUUUCUACAAAUCUCUUCUAAUAUGUAAAAAAAAAAGUCUUUCAUGGACGUUGUUGCUUUUGUUCACCCAAAAAGAGCAGUUUAAUUGAAAAAAACGACUCUAACUGCUCUUAUUAAGGAAUAAAUAUGAUCAUUAAUCCAGUAGCCUUUGUAAUUGUGGUAACACUAAUCAUGUUUGGAAGAAAUUGAAGGUGUCUUUGUAUUUAUUUAUCUCUUUCAUAUAUGUUUUAUGUAAUUUUGUUCUAUUUUUGUAUUACCUUUGCGUGCACAGUUUUGUGACUUGUACAUAAAAAUCUUAAAGAGUU